UGAUAUAGAACAUGGAAACAUUUAGUUAUGCCCUUUUUUUAUGAUCCCAAAACCAUGCCCACAUGGUGUUUGCUGAAAAGUUUCUUGCAUUUUUAUUAAUCUAUUCUCAGACUUUUUAUAGGGAUUAACAUAAAAUCAUAUUUUUGCACAAAACCCGGGUAGAUAAAUGUAUUGUUUAUGCAGCUAUAUCAUUGAGCAUUGUGCAAUGUAACAUAUGUUAAUAUAUACAGAGCAAAAAAGCAGAGGUAGAUUGAACUAGAAGCACUUUUUAGACCUUAACUAAACAAUGGUCAAAAUCACAACCAAUUCCACUUGUUAUUCCAAAUUCCCAAACAACUCCUACACAGAACAAUGAUUAACAAUUUGGAAUCUGGCUCCACUAGUUUAGUGUAAAUAUUAUAUGUAGGAAACAUAGUUCCAACACAACACUGUAGUUUGAUGAUCAAGAAUCAAUGUUUUAUGACGACUUGACGAGUAAAAUAUCAGUUCAUAAAGAUGUCUUAAAACCGACAUGCCGGAUUUUGCUUUCACCUUAAGAGUUUGUUGUUUCAGGUCCAUCACACCUUUGCACAUCUGUGAUCUCAGUUUCCAUAUUCUGCAAUAGAGUUGGUGUGAACUACUUACCAUGGGGUGCAUUUCCUCAAAAAUCCUAGCCAGAUCAAUCAGUGUCCAUGAGGAGAGAAAACAAGGUUCAAGGCGAAUGGCUAAUGGUAUUCCAUUGCUCGAGGACUUAAUCAUCUCGGCCAAUGGCAAUGAUCAGUACCUCGCUCUUGUCUGCGCAGCCAAUACAGUAUCCAACAAAUUGCAUUCCAGAAGUUUGCAUUCAAACAUGUUCCCUGAACUGGCUACUGAGCCUGUCGCCUCUGAAACUAUCGACAAAUUGGAUAUAUCACCAAGGUUAAGCCAAGAAGGAGGGAAACAAAUCGAGAGAGACAAAAGUUGGCACUCGUUUCCUGAGCAGAUUGUUUCAUCUAUUGAUCAGGGGAAUUUAUCAGAUUUUCAAGGCAAACAUAACUUGGAUUCCAAGGAUGUCACAGGUAGCAGGAGUUUUCACACAUUAGAAGAAUAUGAUAAUCUUGUAAAUGAAAUAAGCUUCUCUGAUUCCCCCAAAGUUCAGCAAAAUGAGUUUAGCGAUGAAGAAGCCGAUUCAAGAACCAUCGAGGAACUUAAGGUAUCUGCAUUAGCUAAUACAAUUCACAAUAUCGAGGACAAUGAUUCUGCGGGCAAGAAAAUGCUACCACCUUGCUCGCACAACGACAAUUCAUCAGAAGAUAGUAAACUAGUAAAGGAUAUCAGUGUCAAAAGUAUUACACUAGAAAGCUCAACUCCAAGUCCUAAUAGCCACUCCACAAAUCAAAGAAUUGAAAAUGAAGUUGUAAAUCCAAAUGAGAAAACAAAUAUACCUGGGAUUGCUGCUCAAGGGGUAAACACCACUGAGAAAGUGAAUAAGAGAAAGGCUAUAGCAAAGAGGCUAGAAUCCCUUAGAAUCCCAUCUAAUGUUGAAUUGCCAGCCAUUGCUAGCCUUAGAGAAUGGAUUCCUGGUAGUGGAAUAUACUCUUCUGCAUCCUACGUUACCCCGAAAUUUGGCAGCUUUUCUUAUCAGAUGGACACUAGGAAUGAAAGUGAAUCCAGUGAGGAUUCUGUGUUCAGUCCAGAAUUGGUAUCUGCCUUCGAAAUGAGCAUGCAAAUACUUGAAGCAGAGGAAGAAACCAUUCUGAAACAAAUUAUAGAGAAUGUGGAGGAAGAAAGUGAAUGCAGCCCCAAGGAAGAACUCCACCAAAGGCACAAGGCUAAAUCCAUAGUUUCAGGUAGAAGCAAAUUGGUUUUCAUGACUAUUUCUCGUCAAACUCAGAAUAUGAAGUGAAAUGAAAUGUCUAAGUUCAAGGUUGAAGCUCACUUCCUCUAAGAAAAAGAACUACCCAACUGUCUUGUCAUGAUUUCAUAAAUCCACAUAGUCUAUAAUUUCAUUGUAACCGUUCAAUUGAAUUAGUGAUUUGUCAUAGCUUGGGAAUAAGAUUGAAAUUGAAUAAGCCAACUCUUGAAAGUACCAACAUUUAAAAUGUCAUAAAUCAAGCUAAGUUGUUCCGUUAUUACGUAUAUAUUCGAUUACUAUAUAUGGAAA